AAGAAAAAGGAAAAGAGAGAUUGUUUUGUUUGUUUUUUGGGGGGCAUAUUGAUGGAUGAUGAUGAAUACCAACAUGAAAAUCAAGAUUGAAGAAGAAGAAGAAGAACUAUUUGAUGAUGAAGGAAAUGACCGUCUCCCCAUUUCUCAACUUUUCCAGCUCCUUCAACAACGCCAAUCCAUUUCCAUGCAGGAAAAUAUUCGUGAUUGUCGACAGAAAGCUUCCAGGAAGAGACCUAGGGAUAAGAACUAUAAUGAUCAUGUUGUUAAGGGUACCAAAAGGGUAUCAGAACAAGAUUUUGCAAAAUCCCCUGUAAUAGAGAGAGCAGAACAGGUUCAAGCUAAUCUUUCAGCUGAAUUCCCUAGCUUCUUUAAGAUCAUGAUCCCAUCAGUGGUUUGCCGUGGGUUUUGGAUGUCAUUACCUAAGGAAUUUUGCCAACUGAAUCUGCCUAAUCAUGAUGCUACUGUGAUCUUGGUUGGUGAAACUGGAAAAGAAUACAGAAUCAAUUUUCUUGUUCAAAGGAAGGCUUUGAGUGGUGGGUGGAAAAAGUUUUCCAAAGAACAUGGUUUACUUGUUGGGGAUGCUUUAGUUUUCCAUUUGAUCAGGCCUUCCAAGUUUAAGGUAUAUAUUGUGAGAAUGAAUGGCUUAGAUGAAAUAGAUGCAGCUCUUGGCCUACUCAGAUUACAAAGCAGUGCAAAUCAGACAGGCAUUUAUGCUGCAGGAAAGAACAAUUCAAGGCCUUUUUGCAAUGAUAUAAAUCAAUAUGAAGUCCAUAAGUAUGGCAGGUCUUUUCUUAGGGCCCAAGAAAACCAGUCAGAGAAUGGCACUUUGGAUGUUGGCUCCAGUAAAGUGGAAGGCAUUAGGUUUACUAAGACUGUUAGCAUUGCAGAUGCCAUUAGAGCUUCCGAGAUUUCCACCCUGCGAUCUGGUUUCGUGCCGUGGGACAACGCUUUGAACAGCUUCGAUUUUCUAGGAACCGAUGUUGGUUCUUUACACAAAAGGGUACGCCAUGUACUUAGCCAUACUUUUGAAUCAAAACCGGAACUGAAAUUGAAGUACAAGGAAGCCAAACUCGAGAGAGCUUAUGCAGAACAAGAAACAAAGUCUCUCGAAUCGGAUCUUUCGGGGAAAAAAGAGGAAAUGCAAAGGCUGGAUGCUGAAAUAGAUGCUUUGACAGUGAAUGCCAAGAGAUAUGAACUAAUGUUUGAAGCAGCUGCUAAUGCUCCAUGGUGAUUGACUGUUGAGAAACAUUUUACUCUCUAUAUAUUGCAUACCAUUAAUGCUUUAGCUAUAUACCAAUGCUACACCUCAACCAUUCAUCAUUCUAUAGGAAAAUAUUAACUGGCACUUGCUUUUUCUUUGUUUCUUUGAACUAAAUAUUAUAUAGUUUAGGAAUUUUAGGUGAUUAAUGCAUAAGAGAUACUUCAAAGUUCUGGGAAAUUUUGACAGUUCUUGAAAUCAUAUUCAUAGUCUA